AGAAUCAAUUUUUUAAGAUGUGCAAUAUCAGAAUCUAUGUUAAAAUCAAAAUCAAAGGCUGUAAUUAAUAAUCAGCAAUGUUUUUAAUGGUUGCAUCUGAAAUGUCCUAUAAUAGAUGGGUCUCUACAGUUAGGAUCAAUGGAUCAAAACUAAUAUGGCACAAUAAACUACCAGUCAAAAUAUUAACCUAUAUAGUAUGUAAAUUUUAAGUGGAUGCAUUUCAUAUUUAUAUCAACAAACAUUUCUUAUUGUGAUCAGGUGAUGUUUUAAGAGUUUCAUUUAAUUCAUUUCUUGCAAUUACUCCUCUUUACUUAGGUUGUUACUAGUGUCUUCUAUAUUCCUAGGUGUUUCUCUUAAAACUUAUGAAAACCUACUGUUAGGCAAACAAAUGGCACUCUUGAUGAAGCAUUCCUAUGAAAAUAUUCUACUAACUUUUAGUAUCUUCUAUAUUCCUAGGUGUUUCUCUUAAAACUUAUGAAAACCUACUGUUAGGCAAACAAAUGGCACUCUUGAUGAAGCAUUCCUAUGAAAAUAUUCUACUAACUUUUAGUAUCUGCAAAGAAUGGAGAUCUCUUUGCAGAACAGGCAUAGUGUAUCCAAAAAGUGCCCUACAGUAGGCAGGGUAAUGAUCCCCCAACAAAGAAAUGUGUGUCUCUAAAGGAGCCCACAAAUAUUUUUUUCUUUUUACAUGUCAAAUGGUCUUUUCUGAUGCAGUUCAUUAUGUGGACCUGUUAAUGAGAUUAUUCUGGUGAACUCUUAAAAACUACUCUUUUUUAGCCAGCUGUGGAAGGCUCAAAAAAUUCACCAUCCUGGUCAAUCAAGAAGUCACAAUUUUUUCUACCUUCCGGGAAGAAGUGCGGCUUCUCUGGCAUUUGGAUUUUAGCUUUAGGAGACCCGUAUAGGAUUUGUGGCCUAUAAAACCACAACACAUUAAUGCCGUUUUAAACAGAGAAACAAAGGUUUGUGGAAACUGGUUACAACCGCAAUAGGCAAGAGGCUUAUUCCAGCUAAAUCAACGACAUUCUGUGUAGUACACGAACACUGUAACGUGCAAGAAUACAUUUGGCUUCCUUAACUUGUCUGUGAGGUGUCAGACGAUAGGCAGCAUCCAUUUAGCUCGACAGGCUGCGUGGUGGGCGCUUCUUCCUCAGAGCUUCACAGGGUGAAGAAAAACACUUCAAGGGCUAACCGACCCCGGUUACCUGGUUUGUGCGGGCCUGCUGGUUUUGCAUUCGCAAGAGUGGGUUAGAGUAAACUAGGUAAACCCAAGAAAACGCCCUCUUAAAGCUCGCCUCCUGAAGCUCCUAGGCGACAAAGCCACCACAAGCGCAGCGCCCUUUGCAGGGUUCACACGGCCCUUUCCCGCUCUUGGGGGGAGCCACGCGCCUCAAGCCUCAGCAAAAGAGACGUUCGAAGUCAAGGAGCUAUACCAAAUCUCGCGAUAUUUGGGCCAUCCGCGGACUGUUCGGGCCCACCUAGUCCGGAAAUCGCCCCAGCCAUCUUCUUCCCGCGAUAUCUGCAGGGAGGCGAGACGGGGAGCGCCGGGGCGCUCGUUCUCGCGGGAUUUACCGGCUGCGGCUGCGGCGGGUCUAAGUUGGCUGGCCGCGGCGGUGACGCCGCCCCGUCAGGCCCCACACAGUGCCCAGCCUGAGGCUCGGCGCUGCGGGCGGGCGGGCGAUGCCGGGCGGGCGGCCUGCGUGCCGUGCCCUCCUCGCCGCCGACAGCUGGAUGCCGAGAGCAGCGGGGCUGCCGGGCGCCUCCCCCUGGCCCGAUGGACGCCUCCUCCCCGCAGCCCCGCGCGGGACUCCGCAAAGACAGGUGGUAUCCAGGAGAAAGAUGUCUUGCUCCUUCUUCAGAUGAUAAGAAGCUUUGUGAAGCAAGCAUAAAGUCUGUUACUGUGGAUGAAAAUGGGAAGCCAUGUGCAGUUGUCCUGUAUUCAGAUUUUCAAGAAAGGAAAAUACCUCUUCAAAGACUUCAAGAAAUAAAAUCAACUAAAGAUUGCUCCAGAAGUUUUAUAUUUGAUGAUGAAGAUUUAGAAAAACCUUAUUUUCCAGAUCGAAAAAUUCCAUCAUUGGCUACUACUUUUAAAUUAUCUGAAGAUGGAGACUCUAUUCCUUACACUAUUAAUAGGUACUUGCGGGAUUACCAAAGAGAGGGAGCUCAGUUUCUCUACAGACACUACAUUCAGAGAAGAGGGUGUAUUCUUGGUGAUGACAUGGGACUUGGAAAAACAAUACAGGUUAUUUCAUUUCUGGCUGCAGUUUUGCACAAAAAGGGAACUCGUGAAGAUAUUGAAAAUAACAUGCCAGCAUUCUUACUAAAAAGUAUGAAAAAGGAACCCUCUUCUACAGCCCAAAAGAUGUUCUUAAUAGUUGCUCCUCUUUCUGUCCUCUACAACUGGAAGGAUGAAUUGGAUACCUGGGGAUAUUUCAGAGUCACUGUUUUACAUGGCAGCAAAAAAGACAAUGAACUGAUUCGUUUAAAGCAAAGGAAAUGUGAAAUUGCUCUGACAACCUAUGAAACUCUGCGCUUGUGUCUAGAGGAGCUUAACAGUUUGGAAUGGUCAGCUGUUAUUGUAGAUGAAGCUCAUAGAAUCAAGAAUCCAAAAGCACGAGUGACGGAAGUCAUGAAGGCUCUGAAGUGCCAGGCCCGCAUUGGCCUCACUGGCACCAUCCUUCAGAACAACAUGAAGGAGCUGUGGUGCGUUAUGGACUGGGCCGUGCCAGGACUUUUAGGUAGCAGGACCCACUUCAAGAAGCAAUUUUCUGACCCAGUGGAACAUGGCCAGAGACACACAGCAACAAAAAGAGAGCUUGCUACUGGCCGAAAAGCUAUGCGCAGACUUGCAAAAAAGAUGUCUGGCUGUUUUCUCAGGCGCACCAAGACCCUUAUCAAGGGCCAGCUGCCUAAGAAAGAAGACCGGAUGGUGUAUUGUUCUUUGACAGAAUUCCAGAAAGCUGUCUAUCAAACAGUGUUAGAAACAGAAGAUGUGGCUUUAAUCCUUCAGUCUUCUCAGCCUUGUACCUGUGGCAGUGGCCGGAAAAGGAGAAAUUGCUGUUACAAGACUAAUUCAAAGGGUGAAAAAGUGAGAACUUUGUGUCUUAGUUACCUAACUGUGCUGCAGAAAGUAGCUAACCAUGUUGCACUGCUGCAGACCACCAGCACCUCCAGGCAUCAGGAAACACUUACCAAGAAGAUAUGUGAUCAGGUAUUUUCCAGAUUCCCAGAUUUUGUGCAGAAAAGUAAAGAUGCAGCCUUUGAAACACUUUCUGACCCUAAAUAUAGUGGGAAAAUGAAGGUUCUCCAGCAGCUUUUAAAUCAUUUUAGGAAACACAGAGAUAAGGUUCUUCUCUUCUCCUUUUCCACCAAGCUGCUGGACGUGCUGCAGCAGUACUGCAUGGCUUCUGGCCUUGAUUUCCGGAGACUUGAUGGAAGCACAAAAUCAGAGGAAAGACUCAGGAUUGUGAAAGAGUUCAACAGUACACAAGAUGUGAACAUUUGUCUUGUCUCCACAAUGGCUGGUGGACUAGGUCUCAAUUUUGUUGGUGCCAACGUUGUUAUAUUAUUUGAUCCAACUUGGAACCCAGCCAAUGAUCUCCAAGCUAUUGACAGGGCAUAUAGGAUUGGGCAGUGUAGAGAUGUGAAAGUGCUUAGGCUGAUAUCCUUGGGGACUGUGGAGGAGAUCAUGUACUUACGGCAGGUCUACAAGCAGCAACUUCACUGUGUGGUGGUUGGAAGUGAAAACGCCAAGCGAUACUUUGAAGCAGUGCAAGGAUCAAAAGAACAUCGAGGAGAGCUCUUUGGUGUCCACAACCUCUUCAAACUAAGGUCCCAAGGGUCAUGUCUUACAAGAGACAUCCUCGAGAGAGAAGGCCAAGUGGAGGCUGGCAUCAUGACAGCCACAACAUGGCUGAAAGGGGGACCUUCAGCACAGGAACUAGAAACACCUAGAGACCCUGACUGUCAAGAAUCCACAGAUAUUUGUGAACUCUACAGUGACUUCAGUGAUGACGAGUCAGGAAAGACUGCUAAACACAGUGUCUCUGGCUCUAGUAGGACUCCAGGAUCCUCAGCACAGCUCACUUUGCUACAGUGUGGGUUCUCUAAAUUGUUUGAGGAAAAUUGUAAGUCAGUCCAGGAUGGCGAUGGAAACACUGCCUCCAGUGAUGAAAGUUCUGAUGAGCAGCCCACAUGUCUGUCAGCAGAAGCCAAACAGGCUGCUUGUCAGAAAACUCAGGACUCUGUUUGUACUUCAGGACAUCUGAAAUCAGAGAACAUCCAAAAUCAUAAUGAAAAAUGUGGUUUUGAUAAAAGUAAGAAGACUUUAGAACAGAAUGUUUCUUCUCAAUCUGAUGAUGAGAGAAAGUGUCACAGUACAGCUGGACAUCAUGGCAUGGGACAGAGUGACACAGAGUCAGAAGACAGUGAUGUCAUCUUUCCCACACAGUAUCCAGCUCAGAGAGUCCCUAAUAACCGUAUACGCUUUAAGCUGCUGUUUGGUGGAUCUGAAGAUGAUUCUGAAACAGAAAACCCUGUGAAAAUAAAUUAUGUUGAUUGUAGACAGAACAGUGGCAAAGGAAAUGGACCAGUUUCAAAACCUUUGAGUCCUGAGAAUAUGACCUUGAAAUCUGUUAGGAAAAGAAAAGGUACAGAUAAUAUUAGCGAUGAAUCUGAUGACAUCGACAUGUUCCCCAAGUCAAGAAUAAGAAAGCAAAGAGCUACUACUUCCUUGAAGUUUAAGAGAAAGAAGAAAAACAAAAGGAAGCUUUAUAAGUCUCCUACAACAGCAAAGGAACCAAAACAAGUGUGUGCAACAGACGGGGAUUGUAGCUCUCAGGUUAUUGAUGAUUUUUCAUCCUCAGAUGACAAUUUAUCUGUCAGUCACUUGAGUUUCUCUAAACUAAGUCACAGAGCAGAAACUGUAAAGGAUAAAAUCAGUUUGUUCCCCAAGCUGCCUGGCCCGGAUAAGAAAAAUAGCACUUUUAUACCAAGGAAACCUGCAAGCUUUUUGAAUGAAGGAGUUGUCAGUCAAGAGCAGAUGUAUGACUCAAUGGAUAAAAUAUUAGAUGGUGUUCAGGAAGUGGCGUAUAUCCACUCAAAUCAAAAUGUGAUCGGAUCAAGCAGAGCUGAAAACCACAUGAGCCGAUGGGCAACCCGUGAUGUAUUUGAGUUGAAACAGUUUUCCCAGCUCCCUGCUAAUGUAGCUGUUUGCAGUUCUAAGACAUACAAAAAUAAGAUGAAUGCACACAUAGUGACACCUACAGAGAAAGACCAGCCACCAAGUGAUGGAAGCAUUUCCUCUCCUCUGUGUGUAUCCCACCCUGUAAGCCAGAAAAAGAAAGAUGUCUACCAUACUAACCAGACCACCUUCAUCAUUGGAGAAACACCAAAAGGAAUCCGCAGAAAGCAGUUUGAAGAAAUGGCCUCUUACUACAAGUCAUCUGUGCAGGAGUUUGCUAGACAGAUAACCAGUACCACUUCUGAAGAGCGACAGAGGAUGCUCAGGGACUUCUACAGUCCUCAGCACCCAGAGGUAAAGGAGUUCUUUGUGAGUUCUGCUUCAGAGUUGAUCAGAUCUGUACACAAGGAAGAAGAGAGGAUCAAGAAUAAAUCCAGAGAAAAAGAAUCUCUUUCAAAAGAAAGGCCCUCGAAUUAUACUUUGUCAUGCAGUGAGUCCACCAACAAAAUGUCUCAAGUUCACAACCCAAAACUAUGUAAAGGAAAGUCAGUCAGAUUUCAGAAUCAUGGUUCCCAUGGAGAAGAGACAUUUUCUAGUGAUGCAAAAAUUAAGAAAUCGUCUGUCAGCUUUACUCAAGAGAUUGACAGUGAGCGUAAUGACCACACACCCAAGAACACCAUGACACUCUUCUGUCCAAGCAGCAAGUCUGAAACCCCAGAGACAGAGCUAGAAGAUUCCCCAGGACAUCAGCAGGACCUCACAAGAGCAUGCAGUUCCAGACACAGACCACUUUUCACGUUGGGGAACACAAGGGUAGAAAACACUCCCGUGGAAGGCUUACUUGGUGACACCUCUAUUCUUCAUGACCUCUUUAAAAGCCGUGGGGAAGGUCCUGCACAGCUGCCAAAGAAUGUUCUUUCAGGACCUGUGGCAAAAGCAAAGCAGAGACCAAAAGAUUUCUGGGACAUCUUGAAUGAGCAGAAUGAUGACAGCCUUAGCAAACUCACUGACUUGGCAGUGAUAGAGACUCUGUGUACAAAAGUGCCCUGCUCCACAGCCUCCGAAAGGAAAGAUGAACUGGAAGCUUCCCUUUGGAAAGCAAAUGAGAAGUUUUUGUGGAAGACAUUUAACUCAGAUGAUGAUGAAAGCAUAGCCAAUACAGAGAGAGAAUAGAACCUGGAUGUGCCAUUAAAUUGGUGUACUGGUGAACUGCCAGACCUGUUUAUGGUACUGUAUGUAGCUAGCAUCCUGAACAGUUGUUUGCAGACUUGCUUAUUAAAUUAUUGCUUUAGGCUUAUUUUAACAUCCUAAAUUUUUAUCAUGGGUUUUCUUUCCUUAGUAUAUGUUUUAAUCACUAAUGCCCAAUUUAUACAGUGCUGGGGAUCAAGCCCAGGACUUCAUAUACACCAAAAAGCACUCUGGCCAACUCAGCUACAUCUCCUGCCCCUGAUUCCAUAUUUGGAACAAAUGUGAUUGUAUCGUAUUAUAAACCCCUAUUAUUAAAUGAAGCCUUGGGCAUCUCCCCUCCUGUGUGAUUCUGUAACCUCACAUGAAUGACUUGCCCUGUGUUUGCCCACUCCUCAUUUGAAAGAUAACAGGAUUGAGCCAGAUUAACAUAGCCUUCCCCUUUUAAACUCUUCCAGAAUGUCCCAAAUCAGGUGGCAGCCACUGCACUCUUCUCGCUGGCAUUAGGAAGUUAUUGUUUUCCUUCUUCCUUGGAAUUAUGUUCUAGUACUAUUGAAUUGUUUUAGACAAAAAUUAGAAAUGAAUAUGUGGUAUUAUGUUAAAAUGGUAAUUUUAUAACUGCUCAGAGUAACGUACAAGUUUGUGAGCUGUGAUGCUAAAGUAAUGGGAUUGUUAUCAUUGGCCAGAGUAUCAACGCCUUAACUUUUCAUAUUACUAUGAUUUAGUAAAUGUAAAUAAAGCUUUGUAUUUUAACUUUGUAU